UACUAUGUAGACUGUACCACACAGAAGACUUGACUGUCUUCUAGCAUGGGGACCCUCUGGCACUUACAAUGCAUUUUAAUUUUCUUCUGUAUUUCGGUGCUGAAUACCACAGGGAUCAAACAAAGACCAACUGGUAGUGUGAGAACAUGGGAUCCUGAAACAGCUUACCUCACUAGAUGUGAUUUUAACAACAACUCGAGACCAUUUUGUGACUGGACCCAACCUUGCACUGUGAACCAGGGAGUGUGGAUACGAACAAAACAUGAGACUCCAACGGAUGGAACAGGUCCUGAUGGAGACUAUCCUGAUGGAAAAGGCUACUUCAUCUACCAAGAAGCAAGUAAUCUGAUCCCAUUCGACACUAACAGGCUUGAGAGCCCAGAUAUUGUGGCUUCUGAAAAAAUAUGCGUAGACUUCUGGUACUAUAUGUAUGGGUCAGAAGACAGGAAUGAACUGAGAGUGCUUAUCCAAGACAGCACAGGGGAGUUUACAGCAUGGAGUCGGAAGGGAAACCAAAGUUCCUCUUGGCUUUAUGGUGCUGUCACACACACUUUUCCAACACAGAGAAAGAUAAAGGUCAUUUUUGAGGCUGUCCGAGGACUGACAGAAUAUGCAGAUACGGCACUGGACAAUGUGAGAGUAAGAGAUGGACCCUGUGAUGCAGUCAGCACCCCUGCACCACCACUACCUACACCAACAGCACCUAUGCCACCUGCUGUGACAGAAGCAACUUGCAUUAUACAUGGAGAUCCUCAUUAUUUAACUUUUGAUAAGCAGCGUCAUGACUUCAUGGGCAACUGCACCUACACGCUCUCCAAGCUGUGUGAGAGCAACAGCUCACUGCCCUACUUCAACGUGGAAGCUGCCAACGAAUACAGGGGAAGCAACACUCAUGUGUCCUAUGUCCAAUCUGUGGACAUCGAUGUUUAUGGCUACAGGAUCAAUCUGGGUCAAAACAGAGUUGUUGAGGUGGAUGGAAUCAGCCAGGUACUCCCUCUGACCUUGGGCAAUAGUGUCAGCAUUUCCCUCAGUGGUCAAUAUGUUGUGGUCACUACUGACUUUGGGCUGAAGGUCAAGUUUGAUGGAAAUCAUAGAGCAGAAAUCACUCUUCCCAGUACCUAUAAAUCGAAAGUCUGUGGGAUAUGUGGAAAUUAUAAUGGGGACAAAAAAGAUGACUUUCUUAACCCAGAUGGAGGGAUGGAAACAGACUCGUCCAGCCUUGGAAACAGUUGGCAAGUUAACAAUGACUCAAGGUGCUUGCCAGAUGAUGGCCAUACCCCAAAUUGCACUGCUGAUGAAAAACAUAUCAUCCAAAGCAGUGAAUACUGUGGUCUGAUCACUGAUCCCAGUGGUCCGUUCCAGAACUGUCACUCAGUAGUCGAUCCACAGAGCAAUUUUGAAGACUGCCAGUAUGAUCUCUGUGAGCUUCAUUUGAGCAGCGAAGCCCUCUGUCAAAACCUGCAGGCUUAUGCAGAUAUGUGCCAAGCUGCAGGAGUCCAGCUGACACCAUGGAGAAAUGCAACCUUCUGCCCACUAGCUUGUCCAGCCAACAGCCACUACGAGCCCUGUGCUGCAGCUUGCCCUGCUACGUGUGUUGACCCCAUGGCACCAUACGACUGCAGCUUGCCCUGCGUGGAGGGAUGUGUAUGCGACAGCGGGUACCUGCUCUACAACAAGCAAUGUGUGCCCAGCCAGCAGUGCGGGUGCUGGCACAACGGGCAGCACUACCCGGUGGGCUCAGAGUUCUGGACGGACAACACCUGCUCGUCCAAGUGCACGUGUCCCGCACGAGGAGGCAAAGUCCAGUGCUCCAGUGCGUCGUGCCCUGCCGGCCAGUUCUGCGGAGUGCAGGAUGGGAAACCCCAGUGCCUGGAUCACUCCUACGGCAUCUGCCACGUCUACGGGGACCCUCACUACAACACCUUUGACGAUGUGAGGCACAACUUCAUGGGGAACUGCACGUACACCCUGGCCAAAGUGUGCUCCAACACCUCCGUGCCCUACUUCAAUGUUGAGGCAAAGAACGAGCAUCGUGGCAACGCCCGAGUGUCCUACGUGCGAGAAGUCGUGGUCGAUGUGUACGGAGAGCGCAUUACCAUACUCAAGCAGGAGAGGAGCCGAGUGCUGGUGAACGGUGUGUUCCGGACCUUGCCGGUGAGCGCAGCAGCAGGAGCCAUCACCGUGAGCAGUAGCGGCCGCUACGUCGUCCUGCAGACGGACUUCAGCCUCCAAGUGUCCUAUGACGCUGACCACUCGGUGGAGGUGAAGGUGCCCACCAGCUACUUCAACCUGACCUGUGGCAUGUGCGGGAACUUCAACAGCAGGAGGGAGGACGAUUACAUGAUGCCCAACGGGCAGCAAGCCGCCGACUCCAAUGCGCUGGGGGAGAGCUGGCAGGUCCCAAGCGAUGACAGUGACACCAGCUGCGGCGUGCCCCCACCGCCGGAGCCCUGCCCAGAAAAUGAGGAGAAGCUCUACGAGUCCGAGCAGUUCUGUGGCAUGCUGACAGCCAGCCCGGGCUUUUUUGAGAGCUGCCACUCGGUGAUCAACCCGCAGAGCUACUUUGAGACCUGCACCUACGACCUUUGUGCCAUGGGUGCUGUGCAGGAGGUGCUGUGUGCUGCACUGGAGGCCUACGCUGACGCAUGCCAGGCAGCUGGCGUGACUCUGCUCCCUUGGAGGAAUGCCACCUUCUGCCCCCUGACAUGCUCUGCCAACAGCUACUAUGACCCUUGCAUGACUGGCUGUCCUGCCACCUGCGUUGACCGACAAGCCCCGCUGAAUUGUUCCAAGCCCUGCAUGGAGGGCUGUGCGUGUGCCUCUGGCUUCCUCCUCAGCGGUGACACCUGUGUGCCCGAGGCCCACUGUGGCUGCCUCUUUGAGGACAACUACUACAGCCAAGGCGAGUCCUUUGUGAACGAGAACUGCUCUCGCCAGUGCCGUUGUGAAGCCAGCGGCCAGAUGGUUUGCUCUGCAUUGUCCUGUGGUGAGGAGGAGGUCUGCAAGAUCCAGAACGGCCAGCGGGGAUGCUUCCCAGCCAGCACGGCUCUGUGCCAUAUCUAUGGCGACCCGCAUUACAACACCUUCGAUGGGAAGCUUCACCACUUCCAGGGCUCCUGCAACUACACAGUGGUGACGGCCUGUGACAACUCCUCCCUUGGCUUCAGCAUCACCAUUCGCAACGAACAUCGGGGCAACCCGAGCUGGACAGCUCUGAACUCUGUGGCACUGUCCAUGGAAAGCCUCCACAUUGCACUGCGCAAGAAGAAGGAUGUCUAUAUCAAUGGUGUUCUGGUCACCCUGCCUGCUUCUCCAACGCCCAGCGUGAACGUUUCCCUGAGUGGCUCCUACGUGCAAGUUUCUACCAAGCUGGGCCUGCAGCUGCAGUUUGACGGGGACCAGGACCUCCUGGUGAGGGUGUCAGAGAAGCACAAGGGCAAGCUGUGUGGGCUGUGUGGGACAUAUACGGGCAGCAAGGAAGAUGACUUCAAACGACCUGAUGGGGUCGUUGUGUCUGACUUCAAUGACUUUGGAGCCAGCUGGAUGGUGCCGGAUGAUGAGUGGAAGUGUGAGACGACCAUCGUCCCGCCUGUGUCCUGCUCCGCGUCGGAGGAGGAAGCAGCUCAAAGGAAGUGUGAAGUGCUCACACAAGCCGGUGGCCCGUUUGAGCCGUGCCACGCAGUUCUGCCACCACAGGAGUACUUUGAGAGCUGCGUCUAUGACCAGUGUGGCACGGGUGGCAGCACAGAUCAGCUGUGCAGUGACCUGAGUUCUUAUGCAGAAGCCUGUGCUGUGGCAGGGGUUGUUCUGGGAGACUGGAGCGCUGGCACGGUCUGCGCUUCCCCAGCAGCCUGCAAUUUCUCCUGCACGUUUGAUGUUGACUUCUGCGAGUGGGUCCAGGAGCCGUCCAGCAGCAUUGACUGGAUAAGGCACAAGGGACCAACGCCCUCUCCAGAUACGGGCCCUUCCUUUGACCACACGACUGGAGAUGGCUACUACAUCUACCUGCAUGGCGACGAUCCCUACCAUGGCUUUGUGUCACAGCUGGCCAGCCCGGUGUGCAAUUCAACGGGACCACACUGCUUCCGCUUCUGGUAUCACAUGUAUGGAGUGGCUGAAUCCAUGGCCCUGCGGGUGUAUGUGGCUCGGGACGGGGAGCUACUGGAGGUCUGGAAAAGCGUUGGGAACCACGGGGACAGAUGGAUCUUGGGAGAGGUCACGGUGCACAGUACAGGAAACUUGCAGCUUGUCCUUGAGGGAGAAUGGGGGGAAGAUUUCCGCAGCGACGUGGCACUGGAUGAUCUGUCCAUUGAACAGGGAUACUGUCCAGGCGAUGUGACCCCAACGCCAGGCCCCGACACCACCACAACGGUGACAGGAACAUCCACACCAACACCACAGCCAAGCUCAGGAAUGUGUGUGGUGGAGGGAGAUCCUCACUACCACACGUUUGACAAUCAAAUACACCACUUCAUGGGCAACUGCACCUACACCCUCUCCAAGCUGUGCGAGAGCAACAGUUCACUGCCCUACUUCAACGUGGAGGCGGCCAACGAACACAGAGGAAGCAACACGCGCGUGUCCUACGUCCAGUACGUGGACGUCGAUGUGUACGGCCAGCACAUCAGGCUUGGGAAGGGUGGCGUGGUGAUGGUCAACGGAGAGGCAGAGGUGCUGCCCUGCACCCCAUCUGUGGGCGUGCAGGUCUGGUCCAGCGGGUUCUACACCGUGGUCACAACAGACUUUGGCUUGAGCGUGAAGUUUGAUGGGAACCAUCGGGUGGAGGUGUCGCUUCCAAGCACCUUUGGGCAGCAGGUUUGCGGCAUGUGUGGCAACUACAACGGGAUGGCAGCAGACGACUUCCUGAACCCGGACGGAGUGCUGGAGCCAGACUCCACCAGCCUGGGUAACAGCUGGCAGGUGUCCAACGACAGCAGCUGCUCAGCUGGAACGCAGUCCCCGCCAGCAUGCACUGAGACAGACAAGCAGGUCAUUGCCAGCAGCAACUUCUGCGGGCUCCUCACAGACAUCAGCGGCCCGUUUGAAGUGUGCCACUCUGUGCUGAGUCCCAGCGGCUACUUCGACACGUGCCUCUAUGACCUGUGUGAGCUGGGGCUUGAUCGCGAGGCACUGUGCAACAGCUUGCAGUCCUAUGCAGAUGCCUGCCAGGCGCUUGGUGUCCAGAUCCCCGUGUGGAGGAACGCAACAUUCUGCCCCAUCACGUGCCCAGCCAACAGCCACUACGAGCCCUGUGCUGCAGCUUGCCCUGCUACGUGUGUUGACCCCAUGGCACCUGUUACAUGCGGAUUGCCAUGCGUGGAGGGAUGUGUAUGCGACAGCGGGUACCUGCUCUACAACAAGCAAUGUGUGCCCAGCCAGCAGUGCGGGUGCUGGCACAACGGGCAGCACUACCCGGUGGGCUCAGAGUUCUGGACGGACAACACCUGCUCGUCCAAGUGCACGUGUCCCGCACGAGGAGGCAAAGUCCAGUGCUCCAGUGCGUCGUGCCCUGCCGGCCAGUUCUGCGGAGUGCAGGAUGGGAAACCCCAGUGCCUGGAUCACUCCUACGGCAUCUGCCACAUCUACGGGGACCCUCACUACAACACAUUUGACGAUGUGAGGCACAACUUCAUGGGGAACUGCACGUACACCCUGGCCAAAGUGUGCUCCAACACCUCCGUGCCCUACUUCAAUGUUGAGGCAAAGAACGAGCAUCGUGGCAACGCCCGAGUGUCCUACGUGCGAGAAGUCGUGGUCGAUGUGUACGGAGAGCGCAUUACCAUACUCAAGCAGGAGAGGAGCCGAGUGCUGGUGAACGGUGUGUUCCGGACCUUGCCGGUGAGCGCAGCAGCAGGAGCCAUCACCGUGAGCAGUAGCGGCCGCUACGUCGUCCUGCAGACGGACUUCAGCCUCCAAGUGUCCUAUGACGCUGACCACUCGGUGGAGGUGAAGGUGCCCACCAGCUACUUCAACCUGACCUGUGGCAUGUGCGGGAACUUCAACAGCAGGAGGGAGGACGAUUACAUGAUGCCCAACGGGCAGCAAGCCGCCGACUCCAAUGCGCUGGGGGAGAGCUGGCAGGUCCCAAGCGAUGACAGUGACCCCAGCUGCGGCGUGCCCCCACCGCCGGAGCCCUGCCCAGAAAAUGAGGAGAAGCUCUACGAGUCCGAGCAGUUCUGUGGCAUGCUGACAGCCAGCCCGGGCUUUUUUGAGAGCUGCCACUCGGUGAUCAACCCGCAGAGCUACUUUGAGACCUGCACCUACGACCUUUGUGCCAUGGGUGCUGUGCAGGAGGUGCUGUGUGCUGCACUGGAGGCCUAUGCUGACGCAUGCCAGGCAGCUGGCGUGACUCUGCUCCCUUGGAGGAAUGCCACCUUCUGCCCCCUGACAUGCUCUGCCAACAGCUACUAUGACCCUUGCAUGACUGGCUGUCCUGCCACCUGUGUUGACCGACAAGCCCCGCUGAAUUGUUCCAAGCCCUGCAUGGAGGGCUGUGCGUGUGCCUCUGGCUUCCUCCUCAGCGGUGACACCUGUGUGCCCGAGGCCCACUGUGGCUGCCUCUUUGAGGACAACUACUACAGCCAAGGCGAGUCCUUUGUGAACGAGAACUGCUCUCGCCAGUGCCGUUGUGAAGCCAGCGGCCAGAUGGUUUGCUCUGCAUUGUCCUGUGGUGAGGAGGAGGUCUGCAAGAUCCAGAACGGCCAGCGGGGAUGCUUCCCAUUCUCAGGCGAUGUGACCCCAACGCCAGGCCCCGACACCACCACAACGGUGACAGGAACAUCCACACCAACACCACAGCCAAGCUCAGGAAUGUGUGUGGUGGAGGGAGAUCCUCACUACCACACGUUUGACAAUCAAAUACACCACUUCAUGGGCAACUGCACCUACACCCUCUCCAAGUUGUGCGAGAGCAACAGUUCACUGCCCUACUUCAACGUGGAGGCGGCCAACGAACACAGAGGAAGCAACACGCGCGUGUCCUACGUCCAGUACGUGGACGUCGAUGUGUACGGCCAGCACAUCAGGCUUGGGAAGGGUGGCGUGGUGAUGGUCAACGGAGAGGCAGAGGUGCUGCCCUGCACCCCAUCUGUGGGCGUGCAGGUCUGGUCCAGCGGGUUCUACACCGUGGUCACAACAGACUUUGGCUUGAGCGUGAAGUUUGAUGGGAACCAUCGGGUGGAGGUGUCGCUUCCAAGCACCUUUGGGCAGCAGGUUUGCGGCAUGUGUGGCAACUACAACGGGAUGGCAGCAGACGACUUCCUGAACCCGGACGGAGUGCUGGAGCCAGACUCCACCAGCCUGGGUAACAGCUGGCAGGUGUCCAACGACAGCAGCUGCUCAGCUGGAACGCAGUCCCCGCCAGCAUGCACUGAGACAGACAAGCAGGUCAUUGCCAGCAGCAACUUCUGCGGGCUCCUCACAGACAUCAGCGGCCCGUUUGAAGUGUGCCACUCUGUGCUGAGUCCCAGCGGCUACUUCGACACGUGCCUCUAUGACCUGUGUGAGCUGGGGCUUGAUCGCGAGGCACUGUGCAACAGCUUGCAGUCCUAUGCAGAUGCCUGCCAGGCGCUUGGUGUCCAGAUCCCCGUGUGGAGGAACGCAACAUUCUGCCCCAUCACGUGCCCAGCCAACAGCCACUACGAGCCCUGUGCUGCAGCUUGCCCUGCUACGUGUGUUGACCCCAUGGCACCUGUUACAUGCGGAUUGCCGUGCGUGGAGGGAUGUGUAUGCGACAGCGGGUACCUGCUCUACAACAAGCAAUGUGUGCCCAGCCAGCAGUGCGGGUGCUGGCACAACGGGCAGCACUACCCGGUGGGCUCAGAGUUCUGGACGGACAACACCUGCUCGUCCAAGUGCACGUGUCCCGCACGAGGAGGCAAAGUCCAGUGCUCCAGUGCGUCGUGCCCUGCCGGCCAGUUCUGCGGAGUGCAGGAUGGGAAACCCCAGUGCCUGGAUCACUCCUACGGCAUCUGCCACGUCUACGGGGACCCUCACUACAACACCUUUGACGAUGUGAGGCACAACUUCAUGGGGAACUGCACGUACACCCUGGCCAAAGUGUGCUCCAACACCUCCGUGCCCUACUUCAAUGUUGAGGCAAAGAACGAGCAUCGUGGCAACGCCCGAGUGUCCUACGUGCGAGAAGUCGUGGUCGAUGUGUACGGAGAGCGCAUUACCAUACUCAAGCAGGAGAGGAGCCGAGUGCUGGUGAACGGUGUGUUCCGGACCUUGCCGGUGAGCGCAGCAGCAGGAGCCAUCACCGUGAGCAGUAGCGGCCGCUACGUCGUCCUGCAGACGGACUUCAGCCUCCAAGUGUCCUAUGACGCUGACCACUCGGUGGAGGUGAAGGUGCCCACCAGCUACUUCAACCUGACCUGUGGCAUGUGCGGGAACUUCAACAGCAGGAGGGAGGACGAUUACAUGAUGCCCAACGGGCAGCAAGCCGCCGACUCCAAUGCGCUGGGGGAGAGCUGGCAGGUCCCAAGCGAUGACAGUGACACCAGCUGCGGCGUGCCCCCACCGCCGGAGCCCUGCCCAGAAAAUGAGGAGAAGCUCUACGAGUCCGAGCAGUUCUGUGGCAUGCUGACAGCCAGCCCGGGCUUUUUUGAGAGCUGCCACUCGGUGAUCAACCCGCAGAGCUACUUUGAGACCUGCACCUACGACCUUUGUGCCAUGGGUGCUGUGCAGGAGGUGCUGUGUGCUGCACUGGAGGCCUACGCUGACGCAUGCCAGGCAGCUGGCGUGACUCUGCUCCCUUGGAGGAAUGCCACCUUCUGCCCCCUGACAUGCUCUGCCAACAGCUACUAUGACCCUUGCAUGACUGGCUGUCCUGCCACCUGUGUUGACCGACAAGCCCCGCUGAAUUGUUCCAAGCCCUGCAUGGAGGGCUGUGCGUGUGCCUCUGGCUUCCUCCUCAGCGGUGACACCUGUGUGCCCGAGGCCCACUGUGGCUGCCUCUUUGAGGACAACUACUACAGCCAAGGCGAGUCCUUUGUGAACGAGAACUGCUCUCGCCAGUGCCGUUGUGAAGCCAGCGGCCAGAUGGUUUGCUCUGCAUUGUCCUGUGGUGAGGAGGAGGUCUGCAAGAUCCAGAACGGCCAGCGGGGAUGCUUCCCAUUCUCAGGUUCAUCAACACCAAAUCCUGAGACACCCUCGCCAGACACCACAACGCCACCUCCACACCCAGCGACAACCACACCAAGCUCAGCUUCCCCAGCAGCCUGCAAUUUCUCCUGCACGUUUGAUGUUGACUUCUGCGAGUGGGUCCAGGAGCCGUCCAGCAGCAUUGACUGGAUAAGGCACAAGGGACCAACGCCCUCUCCAGAUACGGGCCCUUCCUUUGACCACACGACUGGAGAUGGCUACUACAUCUACCUGCAUGGCGACGAUCCCUACCAUGGCUUUGUGUCACAGCUGGCCAGCCCGGUGUGCAAUUCAACGGGACCACACUGCUUCCGCUUCUGGUAUCACAUGUAUGGAGUGGCUGAAUCCAUGGCCCUGCGGGUGUAUGUGGCUCGGGACGGGGAGCUACUGGAGGUCUGGAAAAGCGUUGGGAACCACGGGGACAGAUGGAUCUUGGGAGAGGUCACGGUGCACAGUACAGGAAACUUGCAGCUUGUCCUUGAGGGAGAAUGGGGGGAAGAUUUCCGCAGCGACGUGGCACUGGAUGAUCUGUCCAUUGAACAGGGAUACUGUCCAGGCGAUGUGACCCCAACGCCAGGCCCCGACACCACCACAACGGUGACAGGAACAUCCACACCAACACCACAGCCAAGCUCAGGUUCAUCAACACCAAAUCCUGAGACACCCUCGCCAGACACCACAACGCCACCUCCACACCCAGUGACAACCACACCAAGCUCAGGUUCAUCAACACCAAAUCCUGAGACACCCUCACCAGACACCACAACGCCACCUCCACACCCAGUGACAACCACACCAAGCUCAGGUUCAUCAACACCAAAUCCUGAGACACCCUCACCAGACACCACAACGCCACCUCCACACCCAGCGACAACCACACCAAGCUCAGGUUCAUCAACACCAAAUCCUGAGACACCCUCGCCAGACACCACAACGCCACCUCCACACCCAGCGACAACCACACCAAGCUCAGGUUCAUCAACAACAAAAACUGAGGCACCCUCGCCAGACACCACAACACCACCUCCACACCCAGCAACCACCACACCAAGCUCAGUUCUGCCACCCCAGGAGUACUUUGAGAGCUGCGUCUAUGACCAGUGUGGCACGGGUGGCAGCACAGAUCAGCUGUGCAGUGACCUGAGUUCUUAUGCAGAAGCCUGUGCUGUGGCAGGGGUUGUUCUGGGAGACUGGAGCGCUGGCACGGUCUGCGGCGAUGUGACCCCAACGCCAGGCCCCGACACCACCACAACGGUGACAGGAACAUCCACACCAACACCACAGCCAAGCUCAGGAAUGUGUGUGGUGGAGGGAGAUCCUCACUACCACACGUUUGACAAUCAAAUACACCACUUCAUGGGCAACUGCACCUACACCCUCUCCAAGCUGUGCGAGAGCAACAGUUCACUGCCCUACUUCAACGUGGAGGCGGCCAACGAACACAGAGGAAGCAACACGCGCGUGUCCUACGUCCAGUACGUGGACGUCGAUGUGUACGGCCAGCACAUCAGGCUUGGGAAGGGUGGCGUGGUGAUGGUCAACGGAGAGGCAGAGGUGCUGCCCUGCACCCCAUCUGUGGGCGUGCAGGUCUGGUCCAGCGGGUUCUACACCGUGGUCACAACAGACUUUGGCUUGAGCGUGAAGUUUGAUGGGAACCAUCGGGUGGAGGUGUCGCUUCCAAGCACCUUUGGGCAGCAGGUUUGCGGCAUGUGUGGCAACUACAACGGGAUGGCAGCAGACGACUUCCUGAACCCGGACGGAGUGCUGGAGCCAGACUCCACCAGCCUGGGUAACAGCUGGCAGGUGUCCAACGACAGCAGCUGCUCAGCUGGAACGCAGUCCCCGCCAGCAUGCACUGAGACAGACAAGCAGGUCAUUGCCAGCAGCAACUUCUGCGGGCUCCUCACAGACAUCAGCGGCCCGUUUGAAGUGUGCCACUCUGUGCUGAGUCCCAGCGGCUACUUCGACACGUGCCUCUAUGACCUGUGUGAGCUGGGGCUUGAUCGCGAGGCACUGUGCAACAGCUUGCAGUCCUAUGCAGAUGCCUGCCAGGCGCUUGGUGUCCAGAUCCCCGUGUGGAGGAACGCAACAUUCUGCCCCAUCACGUGCCCAGCCAACAGCCACUACGAGCCCUGUGCUGCAGCUUGCCCUGCUACGUGUGUUGACCCCAUGGCACCUGUUACAUGCGGAUUGCCGUGCGUGGAGGGAUGUGUAUGCGACAGCGGGUACCUGCUCUACAACAAGCAAUGUGUGCCCAGCCAGCAGUGCGGGUGCUGGCACAACGGGCAGCACUACCCGGUGGGCUCAGAGUUCUGGACGGACAACACCUGCUCGUCCAAGUGCACGUGUCCCGCACGAGGAGGCAAAGUCCAGUGCUCCAGUGCGUCGUGCCCUGCCGGCCAGUUCUGCGGAGUGCAGGAUGGGAAACCCCAGUGCCUGGAUCACUCCUACGGCAUCUGCCACAUCUACGGGGACCCUCACUACAACACAUUUGACGAUGUGAGGCACAACUUCAUGGGGAACUGCACGUACACCCUGGCCAAAGUGUGCUCCAACACCUCCGUGCCCUACUUCAAUGUUGAGGCAAAGAACGAGCAUCGUGGCAACGCCCGAGUGUCCUACGUGCGAGAAGUCGUGGUCGAUGUGUACGGAGAGCGCAUUACCAUACUCAAGCAGGAGAGGAGCCGAGUGCUGGUGAACGGUGUGUUCCGGACCUUGCCGGUGAGCGCAGCAGCAGGAGCCAUCACCGUGAGCAGUAGCGGCCGCUACGUCGUCCUGCAGACGGACUUCAGCCUCCAAGUGUCCUAUGACGCUGACCACUCGGUGGAGGUGAAGGUGCCCACCAGCUACUUCAACCUGACCUGUGGCAUGUGCGGGAACUUCAACAGCAGGAGGGAGGACGAUUACAUGAUGCCCAACGGGCAGCAAGCCGCCGACUCCAAUGCGCUGGGGGAGAGCUGGCAGGUCCCAAGCGAUGACAGUGACCCCAGCUGCGGCGUGCCCCCACCGCCGGAGCCCUGCCCAGAAAAUGAGGAGAAGCUCUACGAGUCCGAGCAGUUCUGUGGCAUGCUGACAGCCAGCCCGGGCUUUUUUGAGAGCUGCCACUCGGUGAUCAACCCGCAGAGCUACUUUGAGACCUGCACCUACGACCUUUGUGCCAUGGGUGCUGUGCAGGAGGUGCUGUGUGCUGCACUGGAGGCCUAUGCUGACGCAUGCCAGGCAGCUGGCGUGACUCUGCUCCCUUGGAGGAAUGCCACCUUCUGCCCCCUGACAUGCUCUGCCAACAGCUACUAUGACCCUUGCAUGACUGGCUGUCCUGCCACCUGCGUUGACCGACAAGCCCCGCUGAAUUGUUCCAAGCCCUGCAUGGAGGGCUGUGCGUGUGCCUCUGGCUUCCUCCUCAGCGGUGACACCUGUGUGCCCGAGGCCCACUGUGGCUGCCUCUUUGAGGACAACUACUACAGCCAAGGCGAGUCCUUUGUGAACGAGAACUGCUCUCGCCAGUGCCGUUGUGAAGCCAGCGGCCAGAUGGUUUGCUCUGCAUUGUCCUGUGGUGAGGAGGAGGUCUGCAAGAUCCAGAACGGCCAGCGGGGAUGCUUCCCAUUCUCAGGUUCAUCAACACCAAAUCCUGAGACACCCUCGCCAGACACCACAACGCCACCUCCACACCCAGUGACAACCACACCAAGCUCAGGUUCAUCAACACCAAAUCCUGAGACACCCUCGCCAGACACCACAACGCCACCUCCACACCCAGCGACAACCACACCAAGCUCAGGUUCAUCAACACCAAAUCCUGAGACACCCUCGCCAGACACCACAACGCCACCUCCACACCCAGUGACAACCACACCAAGCUCAGGUUCAUCAACACCAAAUCCUGAGACACCCUCACCAGACACCACAACGCCACCUCCACACCCAGUGACAACCACACCAAGCUCAGGCGAUGUGACCCCAACGCCAGGCCCCGACACCACCACAACGGUGACAGGAACAUCCACACCAACACCACAGCCAAGCUCAGGAAUGUGUGUGGUGGAGGGAGAUCCUCACUACCACACGUUUGACAAUCAAAUACACCACUUCAUGGGCAACUGCACCUACACCCUCUCCAAGCUGUGCGAGAGCAACAGUUCACUGCCCUACUUCAAUGUGGAGGCGGCCAACGAACACAGAGGAAGCAACACGCGCGUGUCCUACGUCCAGUACGUGGACGUCGAUGUGUACGGCCAGCACAUCAGGCUUGGGAAGGGUGGCGUGGUGAUGGUCAACGGAGAGGCAGAGGUGCUGCCCUGCACCCCAUCUGUGGGCGUGCAGGUCUGGUCCAGCGGGUUCUACACCGUGGUCACAACAGACUUUGGCUUGAGCGUGAAGUUUGAUGGGAACCAUCGGGUGGAGGUGUCGCUUCCAAGCACCUUUGGGCAGCAGGUUUGCGGCAUGUGUGGCAACUACAACGGGAUGGCAGCAGACGACUUCCUGAACCCGGACGGAGUGCUGGAGCCAGACUCCACCAGCCUGGGUAACAGCUGGCAGGUGUCCAACGACAGCAGCUGCUCAGCUGGAACGCAGUCCCCGCCAGCAUGCACUGAGACAGACAAGCAGGUCAUUGCCAGCAGCAACUUCUGCGGGCUCCUCACAGACAUCAGCGGCCCGUUUGAAGUGUGCCACUCUGUGCUGAGUCCCAGCGGCUACUUCGACACGUGCCUCUAUGACCUGUGUGAGCUGGGGCUUGAUCGCGAGGCACUGUGCAACAGCUUGCAGUCCUAUGCAGAUGCCUGCCAGGCGCUUGGUGUCCAGAUCCCCGUGUGGAGGAACGCAACAUUCUGCCCCAUCACGUGCCCAGCCAACAGCCACUACGAGCCCUGUGCUGCAGCUUGCCCUGCUACGUGUGUUGACCCCAUGGCACCUGUUACAUGCGGAUUGCCGUGCGUGGAGGGAUGUGUAUGCGACAGCGGGUACCUGCUCUACAACAAGCAAUGUGUGCCCAGCCAGCAGUGCGGGUGCUGGCACAACGGGCAGCACUACCCGGUGGGCUCAGAGUUCUGGACGGACAACACCUGCUCGUCCAAGUGCACGUGUCCCGCACGAGGAGGCAAAGUCCAGUGCUCCAGUGCGUCGUGCCCUGCCGGCCAGUUCUGCGGAGUGCAGGAUGGGAAACCCCAGUGCCUGGAUCACUCCUACGGCAUCUGCCACGUCUACGGGGACCCUCACUACAACACCUUUGACGAUGUGAGGCACAACUUCAUGGGGAACUGCACGUACACCCUGGCCAAAGUGUGCUCCAACACCUCCGUGCCCUACUUCAAUGUUGAGGCAAAGAACGAGCAUCGUGGCAACGCCCGAGUGUCCUACGUGCGAGAAGUCGUGGUCGAUGUGUACGGAGAGCGCAUUACCAUACUCAAGCAGGAGAGGAGCCGAGUGCUGGUGAACGGUGUGUUCCGGACCUUGCCGGUGAGCGCAGCAGCAGGAGCCAUCACCGUGAGCAGUAGCGGCCGCUACGUCGUCCUGCAGACGGACUUCAGCCUCCAAGUGUCCUAUGACGCUGACCACUCGGUGGAGGUGAAGGUGCCCACCAGCUACUUCAACCUGACCUGUGGCAUGUGCGGGAACUUCAACAGCAGGAGGGAGGACGAUUACAUGAUGCCCAACGGGCAGCAAGCCGCCGACUCCAAUGCGCUGGGGGAGAGCUGGCAGGUCCCAAGCGAUGACAGUGACCCCAGCUGCGGCGUGCCCCCACCGCCGGAGCCCUGCCCAGAAAAUGAGGAGAAGCUCUACGAGUCCGAGCAGUUCUGUGGCAUGCUGACAGCCAGCCCGGGCUUUUUUGAGAGCUGCCACUCGGUGAUCAACCCGCAGAGCUACUUUGAGACCUGCACCUACGACCUUUGUGCCAUGGGUGCUGUGCAGGAGGUGCUGUGUGCUGCACUGGAGGCCUACGCUGACGCAUGCCAGGCAGCUGGCGUGACUCUGCUCCCUUGGAGGAAUGCCACCUUCUGCCCCCUGACAUGCUCUGCCAACAGCUACUAUGACCCUUGCAUGACUGGCUGUCCUGCCACCUGUGUUGACCGACAAGCCCCGCUGAAUUGUUCCAAGCCCUGCAUGGAGGGCUGUGCGUGUGCCUCUGGCUUCCUCCUCAGCGGUGACACCUGUGUGCCCGAGGCCCACUGUGGCUGCCUCUUUGAGGACAACUACUACAGCCAAGGCGAGUCCUUUGUGAACGAGAACUGCUCUCGCCAGUGCCGUUGUGAAGCCAGCGGCCAGAUGGUUUGCUCUGCAUUGUCCUGUGGUGAGGAGGAGGUCUGCAAGAUCCAGAACGGCCAGCGGGGAUGCUUCCCAUUCUCAGGUUCAUCAACACCAAAUCCUGAGACACCCUCGCCAGACACCACAACGCCACCUCCACACCCAGCGACAACCACACCAAGCUCAGAUCUGCUUCAGGGUCAGUGCCUAGGGUUUGGGAGGGAUGUAGUUAUGGGAUUGUGGUUUCCUUUUCCCCCAGCCAUGCUGCUGGGAGAGUACUUGAGUGGCACACUUUUCUCAGAAGAGUCACUGUGUUCACCCUGCCCACUGCCUUCAUUGUCGUGCCACUGGGGUACUUGGGAAUGGCCACAAGCCAGUGGCCCGUUUGAGCCGUGCCACGCAGUUCUGCCACCCCAGGAGUACUUUGAGAGCUGCGUCUAUGACCAGUGUGGCACGGGUGGCAGCACAGAUCAGCUGUGCAGUGACCUGAGUUCUUAUGCAGAAGCCUGUGCUGUGGCAGGGGUUGUUCUGGGAGACUGGAGCGCUGGCACGGUCUGCGCUUCCCCAGCAGCCUGCAAUUUCUCCUGCACGUUUGAUGUUGACUUCUGCGAGUGGGUCCAGGAGCCGUCCAGCAGCAUUGACUGGAUAAGGCACAAGGGACCAACGCCCUCUCCAGAUACGGGCCCUUCCUUUGACCACACGACUGGAGAUGGCUACUACAUCUACCUGCAUGGCGACGAUCCCUACCAUGGCUUUGUGUCACAGCUGGCCAGCCCGGUGUGCAAUUCAACGGGACCACACUGCUUCCGCUUCUGGUAUCACAUGUAUGGAGUGGCUGAAUCCAUGGCCCUGCGGGUGUAUGUGGCUCGGGACGGGGAGCUACUGGAGGUCUGGAAAAGCGUUGGGAACCACGGGGACAGAUGGAUCUUGGGAGAGGUCACGGUGCACAGUACAGGAAACUUGCAGCUUGUCCUUGAGGGAGAAUGGGGGGAAGAUUUCCGCAGCGACGUGGCACUGGAUGAUCUGUCCAUUGAACAGGGAUACUGUCCAGGCGAUGUGACCCCAACGCCAGGCCCCGACACCACCACAACGGUGACAGGAACAUCCACACCAACACCACAGCCAAGCUCAGGUUCAUCAACACCAAAUCCUGAGACACCCUCGCCAGACACCACAACGCCACCUCCACACCCAGCGACAACCACACCAAGCUCAGGUUCAUCAACACCAAAUCCUGAGACACCCUCGCCAGACACCACAACGCCACCUCCACACCCAGCGACAACCACACCAAGCUCAGGUUCAUCAACACCAAAUCCUGAGACACCCUCGCCAGACACCACAACGCCACCUCCACACCCAGUGACAACCACACCAAGCUCAGGUUCAUCAACAACAAAAACUGAGACACCCUUCCCAGACACCACAUUGCCGCCUCCACACCCAGCAACCACCACACCAAGCCCAGGCCGUGCUUCCUGCAGUGCCUCUGGGGAUCCACAUUACAACACUUUUGACCAGAGAGUUCAUAAUUUCAUGGGAAACUGUUCUUACACCCUCUCCAAAGUGUGUAACAUCUCUCAGAAUAUUCCAUACUUUGAUGUGUCCACAACAAAUGAGCACAGAGGAUCCAACACCAAAGUCUCUUAUGUGAAGUCAGUACAAGUGGAAGUCUAUGGCUAUCAGAUUUCUAUGCUGAAAAGCAAGAAAGUGAAUGUGAAUGGCAGCAGAAUGAACCUACCCAUAUUUAUUGAAAAGAAGAUCAGUAUUCAAAGCAGUGGUGGUUAUGUUCUCUUGGAAACUGACUUUGGACUGUGGGUGAGAUAUGAUGGAAAUCACUAUGCAGAAGUCUCUGUGCCCUCUGAUUACAGUGGUCUGCUCUGUGGCCUGUGUGGUAAUUAUAAUGGUGAUCCAAAUGAUGACAACAUAAAGCCUAAUGGUGACAUUGCAAGUAAUUCCAAUGAGCUUGGACAAAGCUGGCUUGUAACUGACAAUAACACCAUGUGCUCUGUUGGAACAGAAGACCAAUGUGAUGCUGCGCUGGAGAGUGAAGCAAAGAAGAAUACAGCAUGUGGCAUGAUCACAGAUCCAACAGGAAUCUUCAAGGAUUGCCACGACAAAGUGCCUCCAGAAAAUUUCUUCAAUAAUUGUGUUUAUGACAUGUGUUUCACUGAGGGACAGGCAACAUCCUUAUGCUAUGGACUGCAGGCCUACGCUGAGUCAUGCACCAAUGCUGGAAUAUGUAUAGAGUGGAGAAAUGCUACUCUUUGCCCAAUGUCCUGUCCUGGAGGCAGCAUCUACCAAGGCUGUGGAACUAGGUGUCCUUCUACUUGUGUGGGUUCCUCAGCCACUAAUAGCUGUAGCUCACUGCCAGUGGAGGGUUGCUUCUGUAAGGACGGCUAUGUUCUGAGUGGGGACACAUGUGUGCUAGAAAGCAACUGUGGUUGUGUUGAUGACGAAAACCGCUAUCACGAGCUGGGUGAAAGCUGGUUCACCAGUUCUUCCUGCACAGAACGCUGCACUUGCAAUGCUAAUAACGUGAUCGCUUGUUCAGUCUGGGAGUGUGGAGUACGAGAGGAAUGCAGUGUUAAGGAUGGUGUGCUGGGCUGUCAUUCCAAUGGCCAAGUAACUUGUCAGGUGGCAGGAGAUCCCCACUAUUUCACUUUUGAUGGAUUGAUGUACACAUUUGUGGGUACCUGCACCUACACCCUGGUUCAGUCUGUCAACAACGGUGUGGACCCAAUAACCAUCCUUGGCAAGAAUGAAGACCGAGGGCUAAGAGGGGCCACUUACCUGAAAGAAGUCUACAUAGAUGUGUAUGACACACGAAUCACCCUUCGGAAAAGCAAAGAAAUCCUGCUGAACAAUGAGAGGGUCUACAGUCCAGUGGAGAACCGGGUGCGGGGCGUAUCCGUUGGAAAUGUUGGCAGUUACCUAGUAGUGGAAACAGACUUUGGUGUGAUAGUGAAAUAUGAUGGCGAUGAUCAUCUGGAAAUAACUCUCCCACAAUCUUACUUCUCAAAGGUACAAGGCUUGUGUGGUAACUUCAACGAUAAUUAUAAAGAUGAUCUGUCCUUGCCCAAUGGUACAAUUGUCAGUGUCACACAGUUUGGAAAUAGCUGGAAAGUGGAAGAAGACAGUGAUGCAGGUUGCUUAUCAGACUCAAGAGAAGAUGAUGUUCCUCCUUGCACUGAUGAGAAUAAACCAAUCAUUGAAAGCCAGUGCAAUGUCCUAAAAUCAGACAAAUUCAAAGCAUGUCAUGAUCUGGUGGAGCCUGAAGACUUCAUAAAAAUCUGCACCUAUGACAUGUGUCAGUAUGAUGGCAUGAAGUCUGCUCUUUGCGACAUAGUUCAGUUCUAUGUGGACACCUGCAGGAAUCAAGGCAUCACCAUUACAUGGAGGAAUAGCACAUUCUGUCCAUUGCCCUGUCCAUCCCACAGCCAUUACACGGCCUGUGCCUCUGCCUGCCCAUCAACAUGCAAUGACAUCUUUGCCUCAUCCCUUUGUGAGAAGACAGACUCAUGCACAGAGGGCUGUGAGUGUGAUAAUAAUUAUGUGCUCAGUAAUGACAAGUGUGUUCCACUCAGCAACUGUGGCUGCAGGGACGAUGACAACAAUUACUACAGUGCUGGGGAUACCUGGAUUACUCCGCACUGCACCAAAAGAUGUGAAUGUCAGCAGAAUGGUGUCAUCAAAUGUCAGAGUUAUGGAUGUGAUUCUAAAGAAACCUGCGUGAUCAAAAGUGGAAAAUACAAGUGCAAUCCAACAGGUUUUGGGAAGUGCCGGAUCAUAGGCGAUCCACAUUAUAUCACAUUUGAUGGUUUGGUGCACCACUUCCAAGGGAAAUACACGUACAUUCUGACUCAGACCAUCCCUGACCUACCUGACACUCUGACACAGUUCAGUGUUGAAGGCAUGAACUAUCCUCUUCGUCUGAAUCGACGCAUCACUUACCUGAAAGAGGUCAUCAUCAACGUUUACAAUCACGAAGUGCGAUUCAGGCAAGGCAAGCAGAUACUGUUGGAUGGUGUAAGGGUGAGAGCCCCUGUUCGUCCUCAUGACGGUAUUCGUAUCUAUCAGAGGAUAACAAGAAUUUACCUGGAGACAGAUUUUGGCUUAUACCUGAGCUUUGAUGGUGAUCAAAAUGCAGAUAUAAAGCUGGCCAACACCUACAACAACAGAGUAGAAGGUUUGUGUGGUAACUUUGACGGGAGAUCUAGAAAUGACUUCACAAACCCAGAUGGUGUUUGGCUGAAGAAUGUGAAUGCAUUUGGUGAGAGCUGGAAGGUUCCUGUGAAAAGAACCUCUCGUUUCAGCCGAGAAGCUGUUGUGGAAGAUGAGAGUGAUGAGGAACCAGAUACAGGGCUCUAUCAAGGCUGCAGUGAAAAUGAGCUGAUGCAAGAAAACAGCACUUCUAAAUGUCAAAUCCUGACUGCAUUGGACGGUCCUUUUGCAAAUUGUCAUUCUGAAGUCCCACCAGAGCCCUACUACUCGAGCUGUGUCUUUGAUAUGUGUGUGGAAGAAGAUGCUGCUGAGACGUUAUGUCGCCAUCUGAAAGAGUACGUGCUUGCUUGUCAGGAGCAAGGAGUCGAUAUGGAAGGCUGGAGGCAACAGACUGCUUGUGAGAUGUCGUGUCCAUCCAACAGCAAAUACAACUCAUGCAUGACUGCAUGCCCAGCAUCCUGCAGCGACAUGACCAGCCCCUCCGAGUGUGAAUCGCCUUGUGUUGAAGGCUGUGAAUGUCUCCCUGGCUACAUUCUAAGUGACUCUGACUGCGUGCCUUACAGAGAAUGUGGCUGCACAUACCUCGACAAAUAUUAUGAGAUUGGAGAAGAGUUCACCACUGAUGACUGCUCCCAGAAAUGCCAGUGCACAGAGAGCUCCACUGUCACCUGCACUAACAUAGUGUGUGGUUCUGAUGAAAUCUGUAACAUCGCAAACUACACUCGUGGGUGCUACAGGACUGGACCAUGUAUGCCAAGUCCUUGCCAGAAUGAUGGAAUUUGCUCUGAAACAACCAACGGUACCUCUGACAGCUACUACUGUGAAUGUACAGAGCUGUACACAGGACAAAGCUGCAACAUUGAAAGGAUAGAUGACGCCAGUAUCCCAGAGAGCAGUUCUCAGAGCAACACAGUUGCCAUCGCUGUUGGAGUUACAGUAGCAGUGGUUGCUGUUGUCAUUCUCAUCACCUCUACAGUGUAUCUCUUCAGAAGGAGCAGAAAGGCAGAUGCAAAUAUCAAUGCACGGAAUUCAGCUUUGCACAAGUCUGAGGAUACAUCAGGUGGUGGAGUACGUGAACACAAUUAUGGCUACGUAGUGAAUGCUGCAUUUGACCAAGAUGAACCCCGAAAUACAUACCUAUAGUUAGCAUGUUUUGUUUUGUUUUUCCCAAUUCAUAUGUAUUACUUUCUGCUCUUGUAUUUUUAAUAAUAUUUCCAACACUUUCAAAAUAAUAAAUAAAUAAUUGCAUUUA